GCAGCGGGACCCGAACCCGCGGCGCUGCGGGGGGGGGGCGAUGGGGUCGGUGUGGAAGCGGCUGCAGCGCGCGGGGAAGCGCGCGGCCAAAGUGCGCUUCGUGGCGACCUUCGAGGAGCUGCUGGUGGAGGGAGGCAGGAGCUGGCAGCCCGACAAGCUCACGGUGGUCUGGACCCGGCGCAACCGGAGGGUCUGCUCCAAGCCCCACAGCUGGCAGCCCGGCAUCGAGAACCCGUACCGGGGGAUGGUCGUCUGGGUGGUCCCCGAGAGCAUCGAGGUGGUUGUCACCCUCUACCGGGACCCCCACGCCACCACCUACGAUGACAAGGAGUGGAGCUUUCUCAUCGAGAACGAGUCGCGGGGCCGCCGGUCGGUGGUGGCGGGGGCGCCGCUGGACCUGGGCCGCCUGGGGGGGGCCGCGGCGGCGGCGGGGGGGGGGCCGCUGGCCCUGGCCCUGGCGCUGCGGCCCCGCUCCCGCAGGGUGGUGGCUGCGAGCCUGCGCCUGCGCCUCAGCGCCAGCGUCCUGCAUGAGGGGCACCCCACGGAGGAGGACAUGCAGAGCGUGGCGAGCCUGCUGAGCCGCCCGGGGGACGUGGCCGACCUGGGCGACUUUGAGAGCGACCCCGAGGAGGAGGAGGAGCCGCGGGGGGGGCCCCCCCCCGCCCCCCGAGAGUCACCCCGGGAACUGCAGGCACUGCCUGAGGAGGAGGAGCCGGAGGAAGAGCCAAAGGGGCCCCCCCCGGGCACAGGCCCCCCCAUAGAGGAGGGUGAUUGUGGGGACCCCCCCUCACUGAGGGUACAAAUGGACCCCCCCGGCCCUGGGGGUGAACAACUCCCCCCACAAAAGAUGGACGUGCCCCCCCCCGGGGGCAGCGGGGCGCUGCUGCGCUGGUGCCAGGCGGCCACGGCCGGGUACCGCGGGGUCCGCGUCACCAACUUCAGCACGUCCUGGCGCAGCGGCCUCGCCUUCUGCGCGCUCCUGCACCGGCACCGGCCCGAGCUCCUUGACUAUGAGGCUCUGGACCCCCUUGACAUCCGGGGCAACAACAAGCUGGCCUUUGACGCGUUCUCUGCGCUGGGGGUGCCGCGGCUGCUGGACCCGGCGGACAUGGUGCUGCCGCCGGCGCCCGACCGCCUCGGGGUGAUGACCUACCUGAGCCAAGUGCGGGCCCGGCUGCAGGAGCCCCCCCCCCGGCACUGCGCAGGGGGGGCUCCCCUCCCACCCCCACAUCGGUCCAUUGAGGGGGGGUCCCCAUGGACACCCCCAGACCUGCAGCCUGGCAGUGGCCAAGUGGGGCCCCAGUCGACACCCCCAGACCCACAGCCUGGCUCCCUUAAGAGGGAACCCCCAAGAACACCCCCAGACCCACAUCCUGGCAAUGGCCAGGGGGAGCUCCCAUGGACACCCCCAGACCCACAGCCUGGCAAUGGCCAGGGGGAGCUCCCAUGGACACCCCCAGACCCACAGCCUGGCAGUGGCCAAGUGGGGCCUCAAUCAACACCCCCAGACCCUGGCUCCCUUAAGGGGGAACCCCCAAAGACACCCCCAGACCCAGACCCUGGCUCCCUUAAGGGGGAACCCCCAAAGACACCCCCAGACCCACAGCCAGACACUGGCCAGGGGGGGCCCCAAUCAACAUCCCCAGACCCACAGCCUGGCAGUGGCCAGGGGGAGCUCCCAAGGACACCCCCAGACCCACAGCUUGGUGCCAUUAAGGGGGAACCCCCAAGGACACCCCCAGACUCCCAGCUUGGCACUGGCCAGGGGGAACCCUCAACUAUACCCCCAGACCCACAGCUCAGCACCAUUGAGGGGGGGAACCCCUCAGAACCCCCGCUUGCUUCUGUUGAGGGGGGGCCCCCAUCGACACCCCCAGACCCAGAGCUCAGCACCACUGAGGGGGCCCCCCCCUCAAACCCCCAGCCUGGCUCCACUGGGGGGGAGCCCCCAUUGACGCCCCUGAACUCCCAACUUGACAGUGGACAGGGUGGGCCCCCCUCAGUCCCCCAGCUUGGCUCUGUUGAGGGGGGAGCCCCAGGGCCUUCCCCGCACCCUCAGCUCAGCACCAUCGAGGAGGGGUCCCCCUCAGAUGGUUCCAUUGAGGGGGGGGCCCCCCGGCACCCCCCAGAGGCCCUGCUUGGCCCCAGCCGUGGGGGGCCCCUUCCGGACCCCGCAGCGUCAAAGGACGCUGGUUCUGGCCCCCCCCGGGGGUGCUGGUGCCCCCCCCGAGGCUGCACCGCGCCGGUGGGGGAGGGACCCGCUCCCCCCCGGGGGCUCCCCCCGGCCCCGCGCCCCCCCCCCCGCACCAAAAGCUUCUCUCAGCUGCGCGACGCUGACCUGCUGCGGAGACGGCGCCUGGAGCGGCGCGGGGACGCCCCCCGGGACCCCCCCACGGGUGAUGGGGACACCGGGACCGCCCCCGUGGCCCCCCCAGCCCGGCCCCAGCCCGAGACCCCAGCAGAGGAGGAGACGCCGCGGCUGCGCGACACGAGCCAGUUCGUGGUGGCCGAGCUGGCGGCGCUGGAGCGGGAGCAGGAGCGGGUGGACGCUCGUGCCGUCACCCUGGAGCGGGAGCUGCGCGGCCUCAUGCAGUCGGGCGCGGACCCGCCGCGGGAGGAGCAGCUCAUCCAGGAGUGGUUCUCGCUGGUGAACCAGAAGAACGCGCUGCUGCGGCGGCAGGACCAGCUCCAGCUGCUGGCGGAGGAGCAGGACCUGGAGCGUCAGUUUGAGCUGCUGAGCCGGGAGCUGCGGGCGAUGCUGGCCACAGACGACCAGCUGAAGUCCUCGGCCCAGCGCCAGCGGGAGCAGCUGCUGCUGGAGGAACUGGUGGCUCUGGUGAACCGGCGCGACCAGCUCGUGCGGGACCUGGACUGGCGCGAGCGGACGGCGCAGGAGGAGGACGCCCGCCUGGAGCGAGGCCUCAACCAGCGGCGCCGCAGCUUCGCCCGCAGGGAGACGUGUCACAUCGCAUGAGGGACCCCCCCCGGACCCCCCCGGCACCCACUCCGGAGGGACCCCCCCUGAGGCCCUCCCGGGGUGAUCCCCCACCCCCGCAGCCGCUGGCACCCGGCAGCAAUAAAGGAGACUUGAUGCGUGGA